AUGAACGGUAGGAAAAGCGGUCGGGAAAACUUUUCUCGCACCCCCAAGGUGGGUUCAUCCGAUUCAUUAGCUCCGAUGCAAACUGCUAAAGACCAAUUCAAGCGAUAUUACAUUCAUGAUUCGCCAUCGCUACAGCAGCUGAGAGACGACGCCGCGACGCCAUCGCAGAUUUCGGUGCAAUUGGAAAUUGCAGUUAAUCACCUGGAACUGUUCAGCACUUUUGAGGAGACAAUAAACAGUAAACGAGUUCGAUUCAUCCAAACCUAUCAGAUUGAUAGUGAUCGGUGUCAAUUAAGUUCGAGAUUGCAUGUGAUUGAUACUGUGUACAGUGAGUUUUUUGAAAUACGGAGCAAAAUUGAACUUUUGCUGGAUGAAGCGGAUGAGAAAGAGCAGAAAGAUGCUGACAGUGAAGUCAAAGGAGAGAUCGCCAAGCAACGUGAAGAGGAAAACGACAAGGUUCUACAGCAAUUCGAUGACCGAUACUUCGCGAUCCGAGGUGACCUCCUUAGACUCCAAGGUGAUAAGGAUGCCUUAGGUGUGAACGCAACCAGCAUCAGUCAGAGUCAGUCUGCGUCAGGGAAUACUUCAAGAGUAAAGCUGCCAGAGAUACGUUUGCCGUCCUUCAGUGGAAAAAUAAGAGAGUGGAUUACAUUCCGGGAUUCCUUCCGAAGCCUUAUCCAUGACAACGAGCAUCUGACGUCUAUGGAUAAGUUUACGUACCUUCGUUCCUCUCUACAGGGUGAUGCACUGAAGGAAAUCAACAACAUCGAGCUUUCAGAGGCAAACUACGACGUCGCCUGGAAAACUUUGCAAGUUCGUUAUGAAAAUAAGAAGCUGAUUGUGAAGGCUCAUCUCGACGCUCUUUUCGCCCUCGAACCGCUUAAAAAGGAGAAUUAUGACGGUCUGAACUUCCUCAUCAGCGAGUUUGAGAAAAACUUGAUGAUGUUACAGAAAAUCGGAGAGCCAACGAAGUCUUGGAGCACAAUAUUAGUCUACAUGUUGUGUUCUAGACUAGAUUCUGCAACAUUGCGCCAAUGGGAGACGCAUUACGGGUCUAAGGAGGUCCCAACGUACGAAGAGCUGCUUCUGUUCUUGCAAGGUCACUGCUCUGUUCUCCAAUCAAUCACCUCUGCAAGAAAUCCACCAUCCGAAGCCCGUCAGACGAGAUCAACAGUUUGUAAUACAACCAUCAGAUCAGUUUCACGUUGUCCGUUCUGUGCAGAUCCAUGGCACUCACCGUUCCAGUGUGGCAAAUUUCAACGGAUGAAGGUUCCCGAGCGAAUGGAUGCUGCUAUUCGCAACAAGUUGUGUCGGAAUUGUUUGAUGCCAGGCCACUUCUACCGAAAUUGUGAACGAGGUUCUUGCCAUCAUUGUCAGCAGAAGCACCACAGUAUGUUACAUUCUAGAUCCUCCGUUCCACAGCCGCAGUUUUCGGUACAAUACCGACAGCAGAGUCAAACGCGUUCGGCGCAACAGAUACCGUUUCAAUCGCAACCGCAACCAAUGAAUCAACAGCAACAACACAACUCAAGACCAAUACAGCAUGCGCACACCACUACACAGCAUGCACAAACCCACUCACACAACACAAACACAAAUCCAGACAACGCACAAGCCACCACAAGUCAGAAUUACGUAGCACUUCCGUUUAUACCGUCUCGUAAUAUUUUACUGUCCACGGCGAUGAUCCGAGUCAAGGAUCGUUUUGGAAAUACACUUCUGGCACGUGCGCUGCUAGAUUCGUGUUCUCAGCAUUGUUUGAUGACACGUGAAUUCUCUCGACGGCUUAAGUUCCAUGAAACCCCAACGUUUUUGUCGGUGCAAGGCAUCGGCUCGUCUCAAAUGGUUUCAACGAAGUUAGUUUCCGCAGAAGUUGGUUCCAGAUCCUCCAGAAUUUCACAGUUUAAAGAAUGGAUGCAAUUUUUUGUACUGCCAAGGUUGACAGUUGAUCUGCCUACUGCUGCUUUUGAUCCUUCGAUCCUUACGCUGCCGGGUUCGGCCUGUUUAGCAGAUCCUGGGUUUUAUGAGUCUGGUCCAAUUGAUGUUAUUAUUGGAGCCGAAUUUUAUAUGGAUUUAUUGUCAGAUGGAAGAAUGAAGCCGUUAGAGAACGGACCCACAUUACAGAAUACAGUUUUUGGUUGGAUUGUGUCUGGUAGAUUGCCUAAUAAUCAAAAUACAGUUUCUCAGUCAGAAGUUUAUGUCUGUUCAGUCGGUGAUAUUCAAGAUCAGCUCACACGUUUUUGGGAGCUCGAAACAUGUCAUGUUCGCAGCGUUCAGUCGAUUGAAGAGUCAGCUUGUGAAGAGAUUUUUAAGAAUACUACUGUCAGAGAUGAGUCAGGAAGAUUUGUUGUAACGUUACCCAAAAAAGAAGGCUUUUUGAAUCGAAUUGGAGAUUCCAGAGUUAUCGCCACGAAACGGUUUUUGAGUUUGGAGAAACGAUUAUCAAUGGAUUCUGAAUUGAAAAGGUUGUAUUCUGAAUUUAUUCACGAGUAUCAGAGUCUUGGUCAUAUGUCAGAAGUUAUCGACAGCUCAAGUCAGUUGAAUGAAGUUUGCUACUAUUUGCCGCAUCACGCAGUUCUUAAGCCCGAAAGUACCACGACAAAGUUACGGGUGGUUUUCGACGCUUCCUGUAAGUCGUCGACAGGAGUCUCUUUGAAUGAUGCGCUUAUGGUUGGCCCGGUUGUACAAGAUGAGCUGAUCGAUAUUGUUUUGCGAUUCAGAUUGUGUAAGUUUGCGAUUGUGGCAGAUAUUGCCAAAAUGUACCGUAUGAUCCAAGUUCAGAAAUCAGACCAAAAAUUGCAGAAAAUUCUUUGGCGGGACUCCACCGAUCAACCUCUUCGCACCUACGAGUUGUUAACAGUAACUUACGGAACAGCGUCUGCGCCUUACUUGGCAACAAAGUGUUUGCAAGUCCUAGCCGAUCAGGGUUCUAAAACUCAUCCCUUAGCGUCGAAGAUUUUGAGUCGUUGUUUCUACGUCGAUGAUAUGCUUGCUGGAGUUGACAGUAUCGAAGAAGGUGUACAGUUAGUCAAAGAAAUGUCAGAAUUAAUGGACUCAGCAGAGAAGGCCUAUGGGGCCUGUAUUUAUGUCAGAACUGUGUCAGAAUCGGGAGAAACUGUUGUUCAAUUGAUGACCUCAAAAUCACGAGUUGCCCCUCUAGAGAAUCUCCAGAAAAAGAAGAAACGAAAGUCAAUUCCAAGAACGAAAUGGUCAAAACAGCGAGAUAACAUCAAGGUCGGAACGAUGGUAGUUCUUAAAGAGGACAAUUUACCGCCAUUACAAUGGGCAAUCGGAAGAGUGUCAGAAAUUCACCCUGGGUCAGAUGGUAAUGUCAGAGUUGUAACUGUUCGAACGCAAUCUGGAAGUUAUCAAAGAGGCAUUUCGAAGAUAUGCAUCUUACCAAUUCGUGACAAUAAUGUCACCUCGGAGAAAGAACAACAGAGUUAG